AUGAUCCACCAUCAGCCGACAAAGUAUCACCAUCACUCCGCGAACCCUUUGAGCCACUUCCUCAACCUGCACACAACGCAUGCGACGGCGGCGGCCGCUGCUGCCCUGGCGCUUGCCACCGAUGGCUUAGGACACGCAGCGGAAGACGAUGAGGAGCACGACGAGAGCAGCAACGAGAAGAGCUAUCUCGGCGAAGUGUCCAGCGUCCGUCGAGAACCCUUCGACGCGCUAACCGAGCCAAGUCUGGGCGAGGUCAGCGACUCGGACCCCAACAUCGACAUCGAUGUCGACGAUCGCCGGGAUGGCCGCGAGGAUGAGAGCAAGGACGACGAAGAACGGAGACCGGCAGCCGAAGGUGGUGUGUUUGAGCGACUAAGUCCAACGGAAAGGCACGACCACGACGGGGAAGAAAUCGCGAUCGAGGAGGCCGAUUACAAGGAUACGGUAGAGGAGCACGAUCCCACCAGUCCCGGGGCCGCCGAUACAACGGCGGCCGUUCUCGAUACGGACGGGUACGUGGGGAAGUCAUUCACAAUAGCCGCCAUUUUGGGGCUAAAGAAAAAGCAAGACGAUGCGGCCGCUGCGGCCGUCGCCGCGGCCACCGAGUACGGUGACAGAGUAAUGAACCUCUCGACCGGCGCUGGCUACCAUCAGCAGCAGCAGCAGCACCAUCAGCAGCGGGUGGCGGCUGCAGCGGCUGCUGCCGCCGCCGCCAUCGGUAGGUUGCCGCUCGUAAUGGCGGCCGCGGCAGCCGGUAUGGAAAAACGUGACCGGCCGGACAGUGGCGACAGUGCCGACACGUGCGCAGGACCCCUUGGGGGUUACGGCGUGGGACCACUCGGCGGAGGACAGCAACAGACGGCGAUGCAAAAUCUGCACCAACUAACGGCACUUCAUAGUGGAACGGGAAGCGGCGGGAGCUUUUCGGCGUUCCAUCCCUCCUCCGGUGGUGGAGGCGGUGCUGGACAUACGCUCCACCCGGGCACACAUCACCACCACGGACACGGACAUCAUCAUCAACACUUCGGCAACCACCACUUCCACCAUCAUCACCAAGCUCAGCAGCAACAGCAGCAGCAGCAGGGACAACAGUCGCACCAGCACCAUCAUCAGCAGCACCAACAGCAAACCCCCGGCGGACACCACAUGGCGCUGGGCCCUCAUCACCAUCACAGCCAUGGCCACAGCAGGGAGAAAUUUAAAGAACUGAGCAAAAAGUCAGCCCUGUCCUCGUCGGCGGCCUCCCUGAAGAGCAAACGGGUGCGAACAAUAUUCACGCCCGAGCAGCUAGAACGGCUCGAGGCGGAAUUCGAGCGGCAACAGUACAUGGUGGGCCCGGAACGUCUCUAUCUGGCGCACACCCUGCAACUGACCGAAGCUCAGGUCAAAGUAUGGUUUCAGAACCGACGGAUCAAGUGGCGCAAGCACCAUCUGGAGAUAACGCAGCAACGGCUGGCGUUGAUCCGCCAGAGGCAGCUAGCGAGCGGUACCGGUGUUCCGAUGCCGACCGUAGCGCCAGCACCCGCGCCGGUUCAUCUGGGUCAACAGCAGGUGCAGCAAGGUGGCCUGAGCGGUGGCAGAAUGGUCAACCCGAUCGAGUCACCCGAACUGACGAUAUGCACCGACUCGAUGGAGGCGCGCAGUGGCAGCGAGGGCGAAGACUAG